UUUUAGAAGUUUAUAAAAUUUUGCGUUUCAUAAACAAAUCUCCGUUAACAGUUAGAUUAAAAUAAGUUCAUAACUCUAACUGUAUAGAGUGCAAGAGGUCUGCAUGGACCACCGAACAAGGAAAAGAAUACGAGAGGCAAAAUCGAAGGCAAGACCAGAACUAGAAACAGAGAUAAAUGGAUACAGAUUUAAUUAUGCCAAUACAUUUGAUUGUGGUCUACAUACAGUUCAUGACAAUGUAGAUAGAGUUGAUGCUCGGUUUGUGUCCAUAGAGGAGUUCAGAGAAAGAUAUGAAAAAACAUACACUCCUUGUGUAAUUGCUAAUGACCAGUUAGAAUGGCCAGCUACAAAAAAAUGGACAACACAUAGAUUAUCCAAGAAGUUCAGAAAUCAAAGAUUCAAAUGUGGUGAAGAUGAUGAUGGAUAUUCUGUCAAACUAAAGAUGAAAUACUUUGCAGAGUAUAUGCAUGAUAAUACAGAUGACAGUCCACUGUAUAUUUUUGACAGUGGCUAUGGAGAGCAUCCAAAGAGAAAAAGACUGCUUGGAGAUUAUGAAGUUCCCAACUAUUUUAAAGAUGAUUUGUUUAGUUAUUCUGGUGAAGGAAGAAGACCUCCAUACAGGUGGUUUGUAAUGGGACCAGCAAGGUCUGGUACUGGUAUUCAUAUUGACCCUUUAGGAACCAGUGCCUGGAAUGCUCUAGUCAAAGGAUAUAAAAGAUGGUGUUUAUUACCCACCAAUACCCCAAAGUAUAUGUUAAAAGCGAAGAGAGAGGAAGGAGGGAAACAGAGAGAUGAAGCUGUAUCAUGGUUUACUUAUGUCUAUCCUAAAAUUAAAUCUCCUUCUUGGCCUAAGGAGUUUGCUCCAUUGGAGAUUCUACAGGGACCAGGAGAAACAGUGUUUGUACCAGGUGGUUGGUGGCAUGUAGUUGUUAAUUUAGAGGAUACUAUUGCUGUUACACAGAACUUUUGUAGUGUUAUUAACUUUCCAAUUGUAUGGCACAAAACUGUUCGUGGUCGUCCAAAGUUGUCAAAGAAGUGGUACAAAGUAUUACAGAGGGAAAGACCAGAGAUAGCUGAUGUAGCAGACAAAGUAGAUCUGAAACAACCGACAGGAUUCAAUUCUGAUAGUUCAAGUUCCGGAUCAUCAAGUUCUAGUUCUAGUGAAUGUAGUACAUGUGAAAGUUCUGAUGAUGAAACACAAUCAAAAUCAAGGAAAAGGAAAAGAACAGGAAGUAAUAGGUCACGAUCAAUCACACCAAAUGGCACAGUCCAUGACUCGCUUCGUCGAAGGAGAUCUUACUCAUCAGAUAGCAGUGGAGGGAGUAAAACCACAGGAAGGAGUAUCUCUAGUACACCAAAGAAUUGUAGAUAACAAAGAAACUUUAAUUAAUGUACAGAACUUUAUUUAUUUUUGUAUCAGGAGUUAGUGAAAGUUAACAUAAAAAAAGCUGUAAUAUUUUGUAAUAAACUCAAUUGCCUCUCAGCUUUUUCAAAGGUAAAUGUAGACAUCAAUUGUAUAUUGAAAAAUAUUCAAAACCAUAGCAGUUUCUUCAUAUUUAUUUUUUAAUUCUUGAUCCUUUUCAACCGAUAAAUGAGUAAUGAAACUGU